UUGCUUCACAUUCGUUUGUUUGCAGUUUGCAGACGAUGGCUGAGCCGUUGUUUAAGUGGAAUAAAGUCCUUAACCCUUCGGGGCCCCAGCCGCGGCCCCGGCAUGGGCACCGAGCGGUGGCCAUCAAGGACCUCAUGAUCGUGUUUGGCGGCGGAAAUGAAGGGAUUAUUGACGAACUUCACGUUUUUAACACAGCCACAAACAAAUGGUUUGUACCACAGUGCAAGGGGGACAUCCCUCAGGGAUGUGCUGCAUAUGGAUUUGUGGCCGAUGGAACUAGGAUAUUAGUUUUUGGUGGUAUGACAGAGUUCGGCAAAUAUUCCUCCGACCUAUAUGAACUUCAGGCAACUCGUUGGGAAUGGAAACAGUUGAAACCACGACCACCGAAAAAGUUCCCAGCGCCCUGUCCCCGACUUGGACAUAGUUUUACUCUCAUUGGCAAUAGAGUUUUCUUAUUUGGAGGGUUGGCCAAUGAUAGUGAUGAUCCAACAAACAACAUAUCAAGGUACCUCAACGACUUGUAUGUGCUUGACCUGAAAGGCAAUCAUCAGUGUUCCUGGGAGGUCCCAGUGACCUAUGGUGACCCACCACCUCCUAGAGAAUCGCACACAGCUGUGGCAUACACAGACAAACAAGGGCGCUCAAGCCUUGUAAUUUAUGGUGGUAUGAGUGGAUGUCGAUUAGGAGACUUGUGGAUUCUUGAUAUAAGUUCUAUGGAAUGGUAUAAACCAAGUGUUGGAGGUUUUGCUCCAUUGCCAAGGUCAUUGCACUCAGCCACAUUAAUUGGCCAUAGAAUGUUUAUAUUUGGAGGAUGGGUACCUUUGGUUUUGGAUGAUGUUGAAGUUGCUACUCAUGAGAAGGAAUGGAAAUGCACUAACAGCUUAGCCUGUUUAAAUUUAGAAACUAUGACAUGGGAAAGCUUUCAAAUGGAUACAUAUGAAGACAACAUUCCAAAGGCAAGAGCAGGCCACUCUGCUGUUGGCAUUCACACUCGCAUGUAUGUGUGGUCUGGCCGAGACGGAUACCGCAAGGCUUGGAAUAACCAGGUGUGCUGCAAAGACUUAUGGUACUUAGAAGUAGAGAAGCCGGCCCAACCAGGCAGGGUUCAACUGCAGAAGGCCCUAACUGACUCACUUGAAGUACAUUGGACCGCCAGUCCUACUGCUGAUGCUUACAUUUUACAAAUUAUGAAAUAUGAUUAUCCUCCUGCAACAUCUACAUUACCUGCACUGUCAACUUCCACUGCCACGACGACUCAAGCUAAAGCAGCCCUAACCAACACAACGACGACAACUGCCUCUGCACCCACCCCUGUCGUUGCCAAGGCUGCUGCCCCCACCCCCACCGUCAUCAGCGGUCCCCCAGCCCUUGUGCCUGUCAUCAGGCAGCCCCAAGUUUCCGCUGCUCCUGCGGCAAGUCCCGCUCGCUCAGUGCCUGUCCCUGUUUUGGUGUCACCGAAACCUACAAAUGCUACCGCAGCUUCUCCAACAGUGUUAAGAGUGGCCGCGCCUCCAGCGGGUCGCCCCAUGGUAGCCACCCCCAGGGGCGCCACCACCACCAUCGUCCGGCCCCGUGGAGCGUCUCCUGCAACCAUAGCGGCAGGAUCUCCAGGGACGCUGGUGCGCAUUCCAGGGUCUCCUGGAGCCAGGCCGCAGAGGCUGCGCCUCGUCCGGAUGCAGGGUCCUCCUGGAACGGUGACUGCAACAGCUGCAGGCUCCACCGCUCAAAAUGUUAGUGUUAUCUCUCCUGGGCAGAGUCUGCUCUCGGCGAGAACUAGCGCGACGUCAACUGCAACUGGGGCGCCGGUGACUUCAGCUCAGAUGGUUGGCAUCCAGGCGUUGGCAGCAGCUGCAGCAGCAACACCAAGGAUUUCCGCAUCUUCAGGGGCAAUGACCACCGUCGUCAGUGCCACUGGCACAUUGACUGCUACCUCUGUGCAACAAGCGCAGGCAACGUCACAAGCAGUUCUAUUACAGACCUCGGCAGGACAGGUGAUACAAACCACUGCCGCUGCCAAGCCCUCUACAGUUGUGGCUGCCUCAUCUGGCCUGACUACUCCCACUGGUAGCCCCAUCCGCAUUGUUCAGACCCAAGGAUCACCCACCUACAGAGUUUCUACUGCCUCUGGCACCAUUGUUGGACAGGCUGUGAGAUUGGCCACCCCUAACUCGACCAUAAUUAGGAGUGCUGCCCCAGCACAAGCAGGAAAGCAAAUGCUGAUCCAACGUCCUGGCUUACCUGGCCAGCCUGGUCAGAUCGUUACACUUGUUAAAACGGGUCAGGGAAUGACACUUGCCACUAUGCCUAAAAUAAGCUUGGUCCCAUCUAAAACAACUAGCAAUAUCCAAACCAUUCAAACUGGCAAAGUUGACAACACACAAGUGGUGACAUCAAUUCCUCAAGGAGCAACGAUUCAACCUGGAGGUGUUUUACCACAAGGUGCGACGAUUGUUAAACUGCUGAACCCUGGCACAGGUGUUGCCGGCAAACAGACCAUUGUCAUACGGAAACCAGGGGCUGGUCAACCUGCUGUUUUAGGCAGAGGUAACCCAGGGCAAAUCAUAAUGGUCACCAGUGGUGGAGGCCUAAGGACGGUUCAAACCCUCACAAACACCCAAGCAGUUCAAGGAGCUGUGUCAGGAGCACAAACAGUGACCACCCAGCAGGGCAUGAAAAUGAUUGUCAUGUCUCCAGCACAAGCAGCACAGGCGGCAGCAGGGGGCAAGCCAAUAACUAUAACGGUACCUGGUCAGCAAGGUGGACCACCCAAAAUGGUUACAAUUCAAGGAAAGCCCGUCGUCAGUGGACAGUCAGCCAUGCUCAGCUCAGGACAGAUUAUUACUUUGCCUGCCGGUCAGGCUCAGGUUGGGAACCAGCCAGUUAAAGUUCAGAUUGGCCAAAAAACUCUUAAUGUAGUCAGUGCACCCAUGCCUGAUCUUGAGUAGAAGUCAUGCCCAUUGCUGUCUCUGCUACAAGUUUAUUUUUCUGUAUCUUCAUGGUGGCUCAGCAAUUUGGCAGUUCACAAGUUCUGCCGCUGUCAAGCACUGAUCCAACAACGCUGCAAAAUGUGAUAAUGUAAUCUGACCUGACCUGGACUUGUCCUUAUCCCUGCUAGUCAGUUCAGGAAAGGGGGAAGUUGUGGGUGUUAAAAUUUGUAGUUGUGUAGGCUUGUACAUUUAAGCUUUCUUUCAAGCAGGCAUCACCUUUUUACAAUUAUUUAUUCCAAGGCUUUGCUAUGUUUUUUCCCCCUCUUGAUUUUGCUUGUUGGGUUCUGCUGCCAGAUCCAUGUCUUCAAUAUUUGUGAUUUCCCAAAUUGGGUGAAUGUAAUAUAUUGGGAUGACAAUGAAGACAUGAAAGUUAAUAUUCAUGCUUUCUCCAUUUGUAUCCCUAGUUUUGUUGCUUAAUGUAAAUAUCCAGCAGGAUGUCUGCACUGUAGGAAUGUAAGUGAAAAACUUCCUCCCCAAAGUGAUGCUGAUUCAUUCUUUAAAGAAAUGAAUUCGUGAACUGUUUUUAUGAUUAUGGCAAGUUGAAUGUGGAUCUCUUGAUGUUUAGAUUCCUAUAUUUUCUGAUUGCCUUGACUUGCAUCAAUAUCCUCAAUUGUUCCCCAUGUGCCCAUUUCUGUAUUGUCAGUUGUAUUUUUUUUUUAAACCUGUGUCUUCAGGUUGUGCGGAAUAUUUAUUCUUAGAUUUUGUUUUUCAUACACAAUGCUAUGUUAGCAUUUAUCGACUUUUCUGCUCUUUUUAACAUUUUGCCGUGUUCUGUCCCAGUUCCCUGUUCAAUGAACUUGGGGGCCUCAUCCUUGUAAAAUAUAUUUUUCCACAUAGGAACCUGUAAA